AUGCUUCUGAGGGCGGCUCAGACAGGCUUUGUGGUCCUGAUCCUGCUGCAGAGCUGCUCUGCACACAAACUGGUCUGCUACUAUACCAACUGGUCCCAGUACCGGAAGGGUGAUGGGAGCUGCCUUCCCGAUGCCAUCGACCCCUUCCUCUGCACCCACGUCAUCUACAGCUUCGCCAACAUAAGCAACAACGAGAUCGACACCUGGGAGUGGAAUGAUGUCACGCUCUAUGACACGCUGAACACACUCAAGAGCAGGAACCCCAACCUGAAGACCCUCCUGUCUGUUGGAGGAUGGAGCUUUGGUUCUCAAAGAUUUUCCAAAAUAGCCUCCAAGACCCAGAGUCGCAGGCUUUUCAUCAAGUCAGUGCCACCGUUUCUGCGAACCCACGGCUUCGACGGGCUGGACCUGGCCUGGCUCCACCCCGAGCGGAGAGACAAGCGCCACUUCACCACACUGGUCAAGGAAAUGAAGGCUGAGUUUGCGAGGGAAGCCCAGGCGGGAGCAGGGCAGCUUCUGCUGCUCAGCGCAGCAGUGUCUGCGGGGAAGGUAACCAUCGACAGUGGCUACGACGUGGCGCAGAUCUCCCGACACCUGGACUUCAUCAGCCUUAUGAGCUAUGACUUUCACGGAGCCUGGCGUCAGACCACCGGACACCACAGCCCCCUGUUCCGAGGCCAGAUGGAUGCAAGUUCUGACCGAUUCAACAAUGCUGACUAUGCCGUGAGCUACAUGCUGAGGCUGGGGGUCCCAGCCAAUAAGCUGCUGAUGGGCAUCCCCACCUUUGGAAGGAGCUUCACUCUGGCCUCCUCUGAGACCGGUGUGGGUGCCCCCAUCUCAGGGCCGGGAUUAUCAGGCCAGUUCACCAAGGAGGAGGGGAUCCUGGCCUACUAUGAGAUCUGUGACUUCCUCCGCGGAGCCUCGGUCCACAGGCUCACCAGCCAGCAGGUCCCCUACGCCACCAAGGGCAACCAGUGGGUGGGGUAUGAUGACCAGGAGAGCGUCAAAAACAAGGUGCAGUACCUGAGGAACAGGCAGCUGGCUGGCGCCAUGGUGUGGGCCCUGGACCUGGACGACUUCCGGGGCACCCUAUGUGGUGGGGCUGCACGCUUCCCCCUCACCAGUGCCAUCAAGGAUGCGCUCACGGCGGCCUAG